ACCCACUUCUAUCUUGUAUACGAUGUUGACCAUCGCUUUCGUUACCUCUGCCCUCGCCCUCAUCUCCGCCGCCUCUCCAUCUCCCCUGCAAGGCCGCGGCGUCCGGAUCGCCCUGCAGAAGCGCGAUGGGCUCUCCUCCGUCGCCGAGAUCAUCGACAUAUCUACCCUCUUAGCUGCUCUUGACAGGACCAACUCCAAAUUUGCAAACGGGUUGGCGGCCUACGAAGCUAACACUGGCGAGGCUCAUCCACUCACAAUCCCCUCGAACCUCGACGGCUUUGGCGACAACGGGGAUGACAGCACAUUAAAACGUCGAGCCGCCACUGCGAAGGGAACUGAACCUCUGACCGACGACAACAGCGGCGAGCUUUGGCAGGGCGCGCUUACAGUCGGUACACCAGCCAAGACUUUCACCGUCCAGUUCGAUACCGGCAGCAGCGAUCUCUUCGUACCUGGCCCAUCAUGCACCAGUUCGAACUGCCAAGGGCACGCCAAAUAUAGCCCCUCGAGUAGCUCGACCUCCGCGGAUGCAGGCAAGACAUUCAAUCUCCAGUAUGGAUCCGGGUCUGUCCAGGGCGAUCAGUAUAAUGACACGGUAUCGAUUUCGGGACUGACGGCGACGAAGCAGAGGCUGGGCGCGGCCUCAGCAUACUCGUCCUCCUUUGCCCCGAAGAACUUCCCUGCGGACGGACUCAUGGGGAUGGCGUAUCAGUCUAUCUCGGAAUACAACUCCCCUCCCGUGUUUCAAUCGCUCGUCGCGCAGAAGCAAAUCUCGACACCUGUCUUCUCGUUCAAGCUCUCCAGCUCUGGUGCCGAACUCUUGCUUGGUGGCGCUGAUAGCAAUCUUUACACUGGUGGCUUCACCUACGUACCAGUUACGACUCAGGGUUAUUGGCAAGUGAAGCUAGACGCGGUCUCGGUCAACAGCUCUACCCCUGUCAAGAACGUGCAGUCAGUCAUCGACACCGGUACAACUCUCAUCGUCGCCAAUGCAUCCCAGGUCAAACAGUUCUACGCUACCAUCCCGGGCUCCAAGGAUGCGUCGUCGACUGUCGCUCCGGGCUAUUACACCUUCCCCUGCUCCUCUACGCAGCAUGUCAGCCUCACCUUCAGCGGCAAGAACUUCACGAUCAAUCCGUCGCUCUUCAAUCUCGGUCGGGUCAGCAGCAACUCCAGUGACUGCGUCGGUGCCGUCGUCGGAUCGAGCUCGCUCUCAUUCUGGGUUGUGGGCGACACCUUCUUGCAGAACGUGUACUCUACGUUCGACCUAGGGAACAACCGGGUGGGCUUCGCAACCUUGAAGUGAUAUUGUUGUUGGGCGAGGGCAAUAUAAAUUUUGUUUCGUUUUCUGACUUCUCCUGCGAGACUUGGUUGGAGUAUUG